UGACACUACAGAGGAAGGUGCUGCUUUCCGGGUGCCCCGCCCCCUUCGAAUGGUUCCCCUGGUCCGCUGUGUGCGGCGCUCAGCGGCCAGCGUUGUCCCCCUAUUAAGGGGCUGUGUGGCUCCCUCCUCCACCCCCCUCUGUAUGGAGCGAGGGCUCAGCAAUAAGACAUGCGGGGAGCGGCAGCAGGACAGUCCGGGGCCUGGCCGCGGGGAGGAGGCCGAACCGGAUCCUGCGGUGCUGCAGAUAGUGCGGGCUCAUGAGGAGGCGUGCCUGGCAGGUCAAGAAGGAUACUUGGAUCCACAUACUGGAUAUGUUGUUUUCACAAGAAUAGCUCAUUUGAAAAGAGGCAAAUGCUGUGGGAGUGCAUGUAGGCAUUGUCCAUAUGGCCAGGAAAAUGUUAAGGAUUCAUCUAGAAAGAAGCAAUUUAAUUCCUUUUUUUACACAUGACAGCCGAGUUCAAUCUCGCAGCUAUUUUUCAUUAAUCGAGGGGAUUUUAAAAUAUGGUAUUGUAAAGCAAUUGUAUUUAGCCCUGCUAACGAUGCCGUCUUUCUAGUUAAUAUUCCUAAGUAAUGAAUUCAAUGUUAAUUGUAAUAAAACAUCAAAUGGAAAGCAAA